UGUACUUUUGGUCGCGGUUGCCAGUAUAGUUAGCACAGCAGAUAACAAACAAAUCAGUUAUUUUGUCGCCAGGACCUCGAUAGAAACAGUUUUCGCGGGUUUUCCUCAAAGCUCAGGAAUGAAAAUUUGUUGAUUGAAAAAAUCAAUAGGAAUCAAACUAUAAUUCAGAAAAAUAGUUGCUUUCAAUCCUCGCAUGUUGGUGUUGCCGGCGUUUGUUAUCAUCACACACGUGUAAAUUAUUUGAAGAUAGAUAUUAAGAUGAUGCUAAACACUGGAGACAGGACUGGGAUAGAAAAAAGGCUGAAAAUAGUACCAGAUGAAGCUAACGAGAGUGAUAUGCCAUGGUACCAGGCUGGCAUGAGCAACGAGCUACCAAAAAAACAUAAAAGAGUGGAACCCUUUCCAGGUGUUUGUAUUAAGACAUGGUUGGAAAGCGGAGAGAAGGUUUUCAUUAAUGUCUGCCACUCGAAAGAUAUAUGCGCACCUGAAGAUAUAAGUGAUGAUAAAUUUGCUAAAGAGCUGUCAGAGGAUGUGCCAGGAUUCGUUAUCCCAAUGGCUAUUGGACAUGAGAAAAUGGCAAAGGACAAAGAUGAUGUUGAGAGGCCAACUUAUGACAUUCUAAUAAACACGAGCUAUUUUGAAAAAUGCAUGAAAAAGCAGCACUUUUGGGAAUUCACUAUUUUGGCUAUACUUCAGUCUAUAAAUGAUAAGUUUAACAAAUCUAUAGAUACUUCAAAAUUUGUUACCUUAAAAAAUAGAAAGGUAAUGGGUUCUCUUGAUGCAUUCCACAUUGAAGAUCGAGAACCAAAAAAACCUACUAUUAAGAAAGCGUUGAUUCAAGAAAUUGAUAUCAAGGAUAAUAGCAGUUUAAAACAGAAACCAAAAAUUGUGGAAACUGUGCAGAGCAAAACACAAGUAGAAAAUAAACAAAACCCUGUUAGCAAUAAGCCAAAGAAAAUAUCUCAGAACUACGUGUUUGUUAAAGCAGAUGACCAAAAUAGUGUUAUUGGUUUCUUUUAUUUACCUUCAUCAAGUAUUACAGAUCUUACAGUGGAUGUUGGAGAUAAUCGUAUAAUUGUUGAGAAUAAGAAAACUGAUUCUAUGAUUGAUUCAUAUGUGCCAUAUUCUAUUGAUAAUACUAAAGUUACGGCAGAUUACGACAGCAAGUUACAUAUACUACGAUUAACACUGCCAUUAAGAAAAAAUUGAUGGACUUUAAGAUAUUUUUUUCUUAAUAGUGUUAAGAAUAUUUUCGCAUAAUCGACAAGUGAUAGAAAAAUCUGUGAAGCAGGCCUCCGCUUUUAACGCAGUUUUUCACCUAAUUUACGUAAUGUAUAAAUAAGUAAAAAUAUAAGGUUUUGUAACAUAUAUUUUGAAUAAAAAAACCAAUGCAUAUAAUUUAAAAAUACAAAA